UGGUAUUUAUUCUUGAUCUGGGUUCUUCCCAUUUGUUCGAUUUAUCGAGGAGAAGGCGAUAGUGUUGCUUUGGGUUCUCUCGAUUGUUAGAAAGAUGAGGGAAAAACUAGGGUUUUUCAUUUGGGUUUUGUUUCUCUUGGGCUCUUGUUUCGGUAAAUUUGUAGUGGAGAAAAACAGCUUACGGGUGACUUCGCCGGAAUCGUUGAAAGGUGUCUAUGAAUGUGCGAUUGGAAACUUUGGUGUUCCGCAGUAUGGCGGAACCAUGGUUGGGAUUGUGGUUUAUCCGAAAAUGAAUCAAAAAGCAUGCAAGAGCUUCGAUGGGGAGUCUUUCAAAUCGAAGCCAGGAGGCCUUCCAACCUUCCUUCUCGCUGAUAGAGGAGAUUGUUACUUCACGUUGAAAGCAUGGAAUGCACAGAAUGCUGGGGCAGCUGCAAUUCUUGUCACAGAUGACAAGAUAGAACCUUUGAUCACCAUGGACACCCCAGAAGAAGAGGAUUCGAAAGCUGAUUAUCUGCAGAACAUCAACAUUCCCUCUGCACUUAUUAGCAAGACAUUGGGGGACAGCAUCAAGAAAGCUAUAUCAUCUGGGGAAAUGAUUAACAUAAACUUGGAUUGGAGGGAGGCACUGCCUCACCCAGAUGAUCGGGUUGAAUAUGAAUUCUGGACAAAUAGCAAUGACGAAUGUGGGCCUAAGUGUGACAGCCAAAUUGAGUUUGUAAAGAACUUCAAAGGAGCAGCUCAGAUUCUUGAGAAGGGAGGUUACACUCAGUUUACUCCACACUACAUCACUUGGUAUUGCCCAGAAGCUUUUAGUUUGAGCAAGCAGUGCAAGUCUCAGUGCAUCAACCAUGGGAGGUACUGUGCCCCAGAUCCUGAACAAGACUUCAGUAGAGGUUAUGAUGGAAAAGAUGUCGUUGUUCAGAAUUUGCGCCAGGUUUGUUUGUUUAAGGUUGCGAAUGAAAGCGGCAGACCAUGGCUUUGGUGGGAUUAUGUGACUGACUUUUCAAUUCGGUGCCCAAUGAAAGACAAGAAGUAUACCAAGGAGUGUGCAGAUGAAGUCAUCAAAUCUCUUGGUCUUGAUCUCCACAAAAUAGACAAAUGUAUCGGAGACCCUGUGGCAGAUGAAGAGAAUCCUGUGCUUAAAGCUGAACAGGAUGCACAGAUUGGCACAGGCUCUCGAGGAGAUGUGACUAUAUUGCCAACUCUUGUAAUCAACAGCAGACAAUAUAGAGGGAAGUUGGACAAAGGAGCAGUUCUUAAAGCCAUCUGUGCUGGUUUCCAGGAGACCACCGAGCCAGCUGUUUGUUUAAGUGAUGGAAUAGAAACAAAUGAAUGCUUGGUAAAUAAUGGUGGAUGCUGGCAGGAUAAGGCUGCUAACAUUACUGCUUGCAAGGAUACUUUUCGAGGAAGAGUCUGUGAAUGCCCUGUUGUGCAAGGCGUAAAGUUUGUUGGCAAUGGUUAUACCCAUUGUGAAGCUUCAGGAGCAUUACGCUGUGGAAUCAACAAUGGUGGAUGCUGGAAGAAAACGCAAGAUGGCAAGACCUUCUCUGCCUGCUCAGAAGAACAUUCGAAGGGUUGCAAGUGUCCACCAGGAUUCAAGGGUGAUGGAGUUAAUACAUGUGAAGAUGUCGAUGAGUGCAAGGAGAAGCUUGCCUGCCAAUGCCCCGAGUGCAAAUGCAAGAACACAUAUGGCAGUUAUGAGUGCAGCUGCAGUGGCAAUACAUUGUAUAUGCGAGAACAUGAUACAUGUAUAAGUAAAGAGGGCAAGGCAUCAAGCAGCUGGAAUGUUUUCUGGGUCAUCUUCCUUGGUUUGGCUGCUGCUGCUGUUGGAGGGUAUGCUGUGUACAAGUACAGAAUCCGGAGGUAUAUGGAUUCGGAGAUCCGGGCCAUCAUGGCUCAAUACAUGCCAUUGGAUAAUCAGGGAGAGACCCCUAACCACGUUCCCCAUGCGGACAUUUGAAUGGGGCGCAGCGCUGAUUCCUGAGGAGCAGAAGAAAAGAAGGAAAACAUCAAAUUCCAAGUCUAAUCUCGCACCAAUGCCAUUUUCUAAUGUUCGUUGUAUGUUCUCCAUUAAUGCAAAGAUAAAAAAUGGGGGUUUAUCACUGCCUGUGCUCACAUGUGUGUGGUGGUUGGAUUACAAAUUUACUGUAGGUGUCUACUUGUCGGCUAUCCACAGUUUCCUUUUGUGUAUUAAUUAUUAACAGGGGUAUCCCACU